AUGCUUCCCGGCGGCAAGUCUACCAAAACCUCCCGUUUUGAACCCAUAGAAAACCCAAGAAAAAUCUCCCUCAACUCCACUGCUUCCUCAUCAACUCCCCUCCCUUCUUCGCCAUCAAAAUCCAUCCAAGAAAAGCAAAACGAUGACAUCCCACUUGACACCUCUUUCUCAUCCUCCCCAUCAGCAUCGGCAACCAUCAUAGCCAGGAAUGAAGAUCUCUUGACUCAAAUUUUACUCAAAUUACCGCCAAAAUCCCUCCUCCGCUUCCAAUGCGUCUCCAAGCAAUGGCUCUCGCUUAUUUCCGACCCCGUCUUCCGCCGCCGGCAUUCGAGUAGGAUCAGGCGCUACCCGACCACUGAUUUCCUCUUUUUCAGUUCUGAUAGCUACCGGAACGAGAUUGAUCUGCUGUCAUUUUCCGGAGAUUGGGUGGAUUCAGUGGGAAAUGUAAGUUCUCCUUUACGGUACUCGCUUGAAGGUGAGAUUUUAAGCUUACAAUCAUGCAAUGGAUUGCUAUGCAUUCAGUUUAUGGUGAAUGAUAUUAGCCGAGAACUAAUUGUGUACAACCCCACAACAUGUAAGCAUAGGAGUAUCCCCUGGCCUUAUGCGGAAAGCAUUCCGCUUGUAAUUCGGUACACUAAUAUAGCUUUUGACCCUGUAAAAUCUGACUACUACAAACUUGUUUGUGUUGGUGUGGACCUUAAUGGGACUUUUUACAGAUUCUUGGUUUAUUCGUCUGAAGCUGGGGUUUGGAGUGUUAGUAGGGAUGCACUUGGGAUGGAUUCUGAUAGUGCGUAUUAUUUUGGUAAAGGCGUGUUAUGGAAUGGGGACGUUCAUUUCUUGGGAAGCGAUUGUUGUACUCUAUGCUUUGAUAUCGAAAAUGAAUGCCUACAACCAUCCACGCCUCGAAUUCCAACUAAUUUGGAGGUUGUGGGCAGAUGGGAUAUUAGGUAUUUUGGGGAAACAGGGGGGAAUUUGUAUGUAAUUUGUCUAAACAAGCCUAAAGCUAUGCUGUUCGAUGUUUUUGCACUGAAGAGGGACUACUCUCAAUGGGUUGUGAAGUAUCGUGUUGAUUUUGCUCCCUUGAUUACUUGUUAUCCUGAGAUGAAGAAUCGUGGUUUCCAUACGCCCUGUUUUGUUGUGGAUAAGGAGGGAAAGAAAGCAAGGAUUGUGAUUUUGGUAGAGGAUAAGUUCAUUUAUUACGAUAUUCAUGGUAUGUUUGUGAAGGAGCUUGUUGAAGUAGUGCCUGUGUAUGCUGAGGUUGGUGGCUGGGGCGAUAGCACGUGGUACAGAUGGUGUGAAGCUUACCAACAUGUUGAUACACUUGCUUCGGUUUAA